GCGCCUUUCCGUGGUCAAACUCAGAAUCCCGAUCCCCUUCCCCCUCUCCAAGCGGAGAUCCCGAACCUAGGGGUUGAGCACCGUAAUCCACUGGCUCGCGGUGAUUCGGUUUGUGUUAUGGUGUCAUAUGCCGUGCCCUUACGAGUACCGGUGGCUUACCGGUGGGGGAGGUCAACCACCGACAGACUGGACUGGACACCGCACAACGGGGGAGUAUGAUACCGGCUUCAGCGGUCGAUCGUAGAAUGUAGAGAGGGCAGUGGGCACGCUGUGAUGGAGAGGCUUUCCAUUGAACAGUAUCAUAGUUAUUCUCGCCACGCCGGAUGGGUGGGGGAGAUUGAAAUGCAUCGCGCCGUGAGAACAGCCAAAGCAUCGCCACCCCUUCACACCUGGUAUCGUACCGUACGAACAUUCAAUCGCCAAUCAUCGCGAUGAGCGACCCCUCGGCACAUCUCUCUCUCCGUCUCCUUCUCCACGCUGUUUCCGUGAUGGGCAACGGCACCGGCAGCCGUCACUUGUGCCUGCGCAAGUACAGUACAGGUUCGUAGCUCUUUAGUUCUAGCCUGGGGAGUUUGACUUGUCACUUUUGAAGGGAAAAAGCCAAGGGACCAUUUUCUCCCUCUCUGUUCGGAAUCCUUCUUUCCAUCAACUCCUUUCUCGCUCGCGCCCUCCCGGCAAGCCCUUUGCCCUGCACGGCUUAGCCAGCCAUCCCAGUUGGACCUUUCGCCCAUACAAUGUCCCCGGCUCACAUGCGGCCUUUUGUGUGCAACUAUCCACACCCUCAACGGUAGCCCACGGAAGGGGUAAAAAAACAAAAACGAAAAAACACGACAACGCCAUCCUCGCGGCGCCCUUUCUCUUCUUCUCCCGCCUCGGUUUUCUCCUACAUUACCGCCUCCCACCUUCACCGUACUGUACGAGUACUGUACGAGUGCUAGCACGUCCCUUUGGCAACCGAUCCAGUCCAAUUGCUGCCGUCUCCCCCGGCUUUCACCUUGCCCUCUCCCUGCCGUCGAGCAUCUUACGCGGAGAAUAGGUCGUCGCACGCUCAAACGGCCCCCCUUCCACAGCUCUACUUGUACGUACCUUGCCCCUGUCCUGCCGUCACUUGUUUUGCUUCUUGCUUGUUUGCCCAGCAAUAGCAUUUCUGACAGAGCCUUUACCUUACAACGCCUCCCUCCUCCACCUUGCUCACCACCGUCCCCCCCCCUUACCACCCGUCAAUUCCUCUGAAGAAUAGAAUAGAAUAGAAUAAAUAAUCCGCCACACUGGUUCAAUAGAAAAACGGAGAUAACUCGAUACAAUGCCGCCCCCCACCGGUAUCCCGCAACUUCAACUCCCGGCGCUCGCUCCCCUCGAACCCCUUACCUCGGGCACAAAUCUGCCCCACGUCCCCGCCGAAGAGCUAACUCCAACCUCUUCCGCCUCUUCUCACGAUGAAAGGCCACCGGCGUCUCCCUCAAAUUUGGAAGCUUCGUCCGCCGACGCAUCAUCUACCACCACCCCGCCUCAAUCUCCUGGACGUCCCACUUCGAUGCGUCGAUUCCUAUCUCGCGUCUCCAUGAAUUCCUCUUACCAUGCUGAGGAUGACGACAAAGCUUCUGUCCUUUCGGGCCCAUUGUCGCCGACGGGCUCCGUCAUGUCUCGCGACAGCAAGAGGAAGACCUCCGGUGGGUCGGUCAAGUCGAAGACCUCCUGGUGGAAGAAGUCCAAGAUCCAGCCCGCUCCUUUCCCGGUCCAGGAAGUUCGGCCGCCGAGCAACAUCGACACCUUGCCUCUUCGCCAUCCGGCCGGGAAGCCAAUUGUACGAUCGAUUGCUCCCCCACCCAAGCUUCCCGAUGAUCUCUUCGGGAGUGGAUUCUCGAGCCUUGACAGCGAUAUGUUCAAGAACUUCAAAUAGUCCUUUCCAACCGGAGCUAAAGCGAACGGAAAGGCUUUGGCCCAAACAUAUCCCGGCUCGAGGCGGGAAUAAGGGGGGAAAACUAUAACAAACAAAAAAAAAAAAAAAAAGCAAACAAAACAAUCAUCCUAUUUUCUCUUCAGAAACCUUUCUUCUUUUCUUCCGUUCCAGUUUUUCAGAAACUCCAUUGUCCCGAGCAACUGCUCCUCCAAGCCAACCAUCUAAUAACCCUUCGCAUACCUCCGGAGCGUAUUCUGCGGGGCAAGAAGGGCAUCAAUCGAAAAAACCAGAGUAAUGAAUGUCCCUGUGACGGAUCCCUAUCUUUUCGUUUCGCUUCCCCUUUCUCUCUUUGGCAAACAAUUGUAUUGAUAUUAUCAUGCAUAUCAUGCAUAUCUCCUUUUUCACUUUCUCUCCCUUAACUCGUUCAAUUCAUAUGCACCUGCGGUGUCCCAUUGAUGGCGAAAGAGAAGGGGGCGCGGAGCGCCAAACAGCGAUAUAAGGCUUGUUUAUUCGACAAAUCGGCGUUCGAUUGGUUUGGUUGGUUGGUGGUUUUUUCUUUCUAUUCCUGUUCUUUUUUUACCUCUUGUGAUGAUUGUUUUUCUUAUUUUCAUGGGUUCUGGGAGGGGGUUUUCUUAUCCUUAUCUCUUAUUAUUUCUCUUUUUAUAAUUAUUAUUGCUGUUGUGGAUGGCUUUGAGCUGGGGAUUGUACGUAUUUUUAUGCCUUUUCUCUUUUCUUUUCUUGAUGGUGGGGUGGAUUGGACGGACGGGCAGGAAGGAAGGAGGGGUAGAAUGGAAUGAUAUUGGAAUGAUGGAUGGAUGGGUGACCAGUUGUUCUUAUAUUAUAUUUGUCGUUCUCUUUUUUUGCGACCUCUUUUUUUUCUUUUUUUCUUUUUUCCCGUUUCAGAGGGAGCUUGCUUAUUUCGGCCCUUUUCCUUUGUUUCUUUUCUUUUCUUGUAUUGCGUUUUUCUUCUCUCUCUUCUCUCCUUUGGGAGUGGGAUUUGAAUGAAAUGGACGGACCGGAGAAUGGAAAGUCAAUUUCAUGGUAUGAUACUGGUUUGAGCUAAUGACUGAAACGGGAACUUUGGAUUUCUGAUAUUAUCUAUGAUAUUGAAAUUCUGGGACUGCCCUAUCGGUAACUGCUAGCACUGGCUGAAAACCCCCCAACACACAGUUGUAUGAUAUAUUUGGGGAGAAGGAAUCAACAGACUUACAAGUGCUGCGGGUUGUAUGAUAGCCAUUAUUACAUUCACUCUGUUUUAUCCCAAUCG